GACGACCGACUGCUUUGGACGCUUCUGGAACGACACGGUUCAACCACCUCGGUAGCUUGCUAGCCGACAAGAAGUAGAAACAUUGAAGCUCUGUAGACCAUGUUUGUGUAGCUACACAAAUCCAUCCCAGUGAUUUAAACACACUUCUGUUAACGUAUCUACUAGUUCAUUUAAACGUAAUUUGCUUGUUAAAUUUGCUAAUGUGUUAUCGAGCCGAGCACUAGGGUAGUCGCUAAUGAUAGCUAGCUAGCUAACAUUCCCGACACAAUGAGCUCACAAAGCUACUCUCCUCCUGCUAAUGAAGAGGAGGUCUGCUGGACGGAGAAAGCAGCUCUGGGGAUGAACAUUGUCAUUAAAGAAGAAGAGGGGGAUAUUACAGUGAUAGGAACGGAAGAAGCAUGUCGAAUUAAAAGGGAGGAAGAGGAGGAGGAGAUAGAGGCUGUCACAGUGGAAGAGAUGGGAGGGAUAGAGGCUGUCACAGUGGAAGAGAUGGAAGGGUUAGAGGCUGUCACAGUGAAAGAGGAAGAGGGGAUAGAGGCUGUCAUAGUAGAAGGGAUAGAGGCUGUUACAGUGGAAGAGAUGGAAGGGUUAGAGGCUGUCACCGUGAAAGAGGAGGAAGGGAUAGAGGUUGUCAUAGUGGAAGAAGGGGAGGUAGAAGCUUUCAGAAUGAAAAAUGAGAUAGAGGAGGAUAUCACAUUGAAAGAAGAAGACCCUUUUGUAGUGAAAGAGGAGGAGACUGAAGAUCCGAUUAACACCAAUCCAAAAACGAGGCAAUAUUCCGUUUCCUGGCCCUCCCAGGGCUCUACAGUGAAGGAGGACAUCAGAAAGAUACAGGAAGUAUCUAAUGUGACACCCGCGAGUCCCAGACAGUUUGGUGGUGAUGACGAUUCUAUUCACUGCGACAAAGAAUGGGACGUGAAAGACAAGGAUUGGUUUCCUAGCAACAGGCUGAAGGUGGAGUCAUCUCCAGAGAGCCACACCCCAGAGCAGAGGGGGAGUGGUGACAUGUCUUUCCCUCUCCCAGGGUCCCCAGGUCGUGUCUCUCCCACGGUUGCCUUACUGUGGGGUCUGAAGAGGGUGUCUGUGCGGCUGGUGGACUGCAGGAAAACACCGGGUCUGAGUGGAACUGUGAGAGGAGAAGAAGAGGGAGAUUCAGAUUCAGGUGAAAGACCAGACUCAGAGGAGCCAGAGACAUCCAACACAGCAGGACAACACCACUGCUCCCACUGUGGAAAGAGGUUUACCCGGUUAGGGUCCCUGAAAAGGCAUGAGAUGAUACACACAGGAGAAAAGCCUUUCCACUGCUCCCAGUGUGGAAAGAGUUUUGCCAUGUUAUUUUGCCUGAAAAGACAUGAGAUGAUACACACAGGAGAAAAGCCUUUCCACUGCUCCCAGUGUGGAAAGAGUUUUGCCCGGUUAUGGCAGCUGAAAAUGGAUGAGAGAAGGCACAGAGGAGAGAAGCCUUUCCGCUGCUCCGAUUGUGGAAAGAGUUUUACCCAAUUAGGGGGCCUGAAGGAACAUGAGAGAAUGCACACAGGAGAAAAGCCCUUCAACUGUUCCUUUUGUGGAAAGUGUUUUUCCCGGAUGAGGCACCUGAAAACACAUGAGAGAAUUCACACAGGAGAAAAGCCCUACCACUGCCCACAUUGUGGAAAGAGUUUUACCCGGUUGGGGCACCUGAAAACACAUGAGAGAAUUCACACAGGAGAAAAGCCCUUCCACUGCUCCCUGUGUGGAAAGAGUUUUACUCAGUUAGGGGGUCUGACAAAACAUAAGAUAUUACACAAAGGAGAGAAGCAUUUCCACUGCUCCCAUUGUGGAAAGAGUUUUAUCCACAUAUGUUUUCUGAAGGAGCAUGAGAGGACACACACAGGGGAGAAACCAUACCAUUGCUCCUUGUGUGGAACGAGUUUUACCCAGUUAGGAAGCCUGAGAGAGCAUGAAAAGAACCACUCAGGAGAAAAGUCUUUCCAAUGUUCCCAGUGUGGAAAGAGAUUUUUACGAUCACAGCAACUAAAAUCACAUGAGAGGAUACACACAGGGGAGAAACCAUACCACUGCUCCCAGUGUGAAAAGAGUUUUACACAGUUAGGGAGCCUGAACAAACAUAAUAGAAUACACACAGGAGAAAAGCCUUAUCCCUGUGCCUAUUGUCCAAAGAGAUUUUCAGGAUCACAGGAUCUAAAAUCACACGAGAGGACACACACAGGGGAGAAACCAUACCACUGCUCCCAGUGUGAAAAGAGUUUUGCACAAUCAGGGAGCCUGAACAAACAUAAUAGAAUACACACAGGAGAAAAGCCUUACCCCUGUGCCCAUUGUGGAAAGAGAUUUUCACGAUCACAGGACCUAAAAUCACAUGAGCGGACACACACAGGAGAAAAGCCCUACCCCUGUGCCCAUUGUAGAAAGAGAUUUUCACAAUCACAUGACCUAAAAUCACAUGAGAAAACACACACAGGAGAGAUACCUUACCAUUGUUCCCUGUGUGGAAAUGAUUUUUUCCAUUUAGGAAGUCUGCGCAAACAUAAGAAGAGAAAACACUCUGGAGAUGUGUGUACCCAUGUUCCCAUUGCAUAAUGAAUAUCAGGUUGUUAAAUAAAAAAUACAUUUUCCCAGACAGAAGACCUGAAAUCACAUCAUAGAAUAGACAGGCAGUGUUCUGACUUAUGUUUGACUGUUGUUUUAUGCCACAUUAAAUCAUAUUGUUUAUAUGAAAUCAUUCUCUAGAAUAGGCCUGUUUUUAGUUUUUGAGACAGGAUUAUGUCUAAAAUCAGAUUACAAUUUUAAAAUGUAUUUUAUUUUGAU